GAGGAAGUUACCCAUUGGUCGGAAAGACGUUCAUGAUAUGUACAUUCUAUAUUUGAUAAAUAAAAAAACGAAUUUUAGUUCCAGUUCUAUUCAGAAUAAAAUUAUAACAAUAACAAUCGAAGAGAUAACAGUGUCGAAGAUCAAUUUGUAACGUGUCACUGUCCUCAAAUCUUACUCGAACGGACCGGCAUUUCGUUUCUUCUUCCUGUCGAAUUACUUAAUUCCGAAUAAAGAUAAGAAAACAAAACGCGUAUGUACCAUAUUAAAUGUGAAUGAAUCCAUAAAAACGAAUAUUUAGAUUCAAGUGUAUCGCAGAUGUUCUCUAAAUGUGGGUGCCAUGAAAGGGAUUUUGCAGAGAGUAAACAAGCUCCAGUAAAAGCUUUACUUUAAAGAAAUAAAAGGUAACAAAACGGACGUACCUACAUACCCGCUGAAUUGAUCUUAAAAAUGCGCAGCUCAGUAGCAAUCUGGGUAGCACUAAUACAAAUUCUAUGUACAGUUUUAGAUAUUAGAAGUCAAUAUAUUGGAGCUCGACAACGAAUAUUUAAUCCUACUAGAGGCUAUGAACCAAAAAAAUUACAUCCUUGUGAACAAAGUUCCUGUUAUCCUGCUACCGGUAAUCUACUAAUUGGGAGGGAAAGUCAACUAUAUGCUUCAUCAACAUGUGGUUUACACGGACAACAAAGAUAUUGUAUAGUAUCGCAUUUGGACGCAGAAAGAAAAAAAUGUUUCUGGUGUGAUUCUAGGCCAUCUGCAAAACCAAAUCCUGUAUUAAAUCAUAAUAUUAGCAACAUAGUCUACAGGUUAUUCCCCGGUACUCGUCAAAAAUCAUGGUGGCAGUCAGAAAAUGGCAAAGAAAAUGUUUAUAUUCAACUAGAUUUAGAAGCAGAAUUUCAUUUCACUCAUUUGAUCAUAACUUUCAAGACCUUUAGACCAUCUGCUAUGGUAAUUGAAAGAUCUUUCGAUCACAAGAAAACGUGGCAGGUUUAUAGAUAUUUUGCGGCAAACUGUGCAGAAAGUUUCCCACAGAUUAAAGAUGGAACAGCACAAGAAAUUACUGAUGUUAUCUGUGAGUCACGUUAUUCUGGUGUAGCUCCAUCCACAGAUGGUGAAAUUAUAUACAGAGUUCUUCCUCCAAAUCUUCCAAUUGAUAAUCCCUAUUCCGAACAAGUACAAGGUUUAUUAAAAAUAACUAAUUUAAGAAUUAAUUUUACAAAAUUACAUACUCUUGGAGACGAUCUUUUGGAUAGAAGAGAAGAAAUUCAGGAGAAAUAUUAUUAUGCAAUUACCGAUAUGGUUGUACGUGGAUCUUGUUCAUGCUACGGUCAUGCUAAUCGAUGUCUUCCUUUACCUGGUAUAGAUCCAAAACCAGAUAUGGUACACGGACGUUGUGAAUGUACUCAUAACACCAAAGGAAGAAAUUGUGAAAAAUGUGAAGAUUUCUUCAAUGACUUGCCUUGGAGACCGGCUAUUGGAAAGCAAACAAACGCUUGCAAAAGAUGUAAUUGCAACAAUCAUGCUACCAGCUGUCACUUUGACUCUGCUCUAUACGAAUCUACAGGGCAUGUAAGUGGGGGAGUUUGCGAUGGUUGCCAGCAUAACACAAUGGGGCCUAACUGUGAACUUUGUAAACCAUUCUUUUACAGAGACCCACAGAGAGACAUCCAAGAUCCUGAAGUUUGUCGACCUUGCGAUUGUGAUCCUCGGGGUUCUUUGGAUAAUGGAAUUUGCGAUUCAGUUACGGACCCCGUUAAUAAUUUGACAGCUGGUUUCUGUCACUGUAAAGAUAAUGUAGAAGAACGACGUUGUGAUUCGUGUAAAAACGGUUUCUGGAAUUUUACCGAAUUGAACCCUGCGGGUUGUCAAAAUUGUACAUGCAAUACUUACGGUACCAUUGGAAAUCAAGGCUGUAACGUUAAUAACGGAGAAUGUACUUGUAAACGAUAUGUAACAGGAAGGGAUUGUAACCAAUGUCUUCCACAGUAUUGGGGAUUGUCAGAUAAGAAAGACGGUUGUCAACCAUGUAACUGUGACCCUGGUGGUUCCUUUCAUAAUUUCUGUGACGUUAUUACGGGUAAUUGUAAGUGUAGAGACUACAUGACAGGAAGAACUUGCGACACUCCUACGCAACAGUAUUUCACGGCUAGUCUCGAUUUUUUGCUUUACGAAGCUGAAGCUGCGAGGUCAAAUGGACAGGUUGUUAUUAGAGAACCAUUUAGAGAUGGAAAAGAAGAUACUUGGACUGGGACUGGGUUUGCUAAAGCUUUCCAAGGCGGAUUUUUAGAAUUUAUCGUAGAUGACAUAAAGACCACUAUGAAAUAUGAUAUCGUCAUUAGAUAUGAACCUACAAGUCCAGAAGCUUGGGAGGAAGUAGUAGUUACUGUUGAACGACCUGAUAGAGUUUCACCAGGACCUUGUGAACAUAUUAAUCUAAUAGACGAUACUAAAAGUGUCCGUUUACCAUCGACGGCAAGGAGUGUCAUUGUAUAUCCUCCUGUUUGUCUUGAGAGUGGAAAAAUAUAUAAAAUAAUUCUUGAAUUUAGACAUCUAAACGUUCAGAAAGAAGUACCAACUGCUUCAGUAUUAAUUGAUUCCAUUGUUUUAAUACCUAGAGCCGAAGACAUUCCAUUUUUCCAAGGUUCAGCAGCUGCAGAUAACAGAAGACAAGAAUAUGAAAGAUUACAUUGCAAUGAUCCAUCAUUUUUCGGUAAAGGAGCUCAGAUUCCUGAAAUUUGUAAAAAAUAUCAGGCCAGUAUUGGAGCCUAUGUGUUCAACGGAGCUUUUUCUUGCCAGUGUGAUCCUCAUGGUUCAGUCAGUAAACUUUGUGAUCCAAACGGCGGUUUUUGUACCUGCAAACCGAAUGUAGUAGGACGACGUUGCGAUAGAUGUGCUCCAGGAACUUAUGGCUUUAGUCCUGAGGGUUGUAAGGCUUGUGAUUGCAACAGUAUUGGAGCUUUAGAUAACUUUUGUAACGCUACAACUGGUCAAUGUAAAUGUAGAGCUAACAACUAUGGUAGAGAAUGUGACCAGUGCAGAAUAGGUUCAUGGAAUUUCCCUAACUGUGAAAGAUGUGACUGCAAUGGACACGCUGAUAUUUGUGAAGCUAAAACUGGAGCUUGCAUUAAUUGUAGAGACAACUCUCAAGGAGAUCAUUGUGACUAUUGUGUUGAUGGAUAUUAUGGAGAUCCUAGAAUUGAUGUAGACAUUCCUUGUAGGCCGUGUCCAUGUCCUGGGCAUCUAGGAUCAAAUCAUUCUUAUGCAGAUCGUUGUAUAUUAGAUGCUAUUACGAAAGACGUGAUUUGUGAAUGUCAAGAAGGUUAUGCAGGAGCUAGAUGUGAUGUUUGCUCUGAUAAUUAUUACGGAAAUCCUGACGUGUCUGGUGGAAAAUGCCAACCAUGUGAUUGUAGUGACAAGACUGAUCUUCUUGCACCAGGAAAUUGCGAUCCUCAUACAGGCAAAUGUUUGAGAUGUUUAUAUGAUACUACUGGAGAUCAUUGCGAAAUUUGUAGACCUGGAUUCUUUAGAUAUACCGAUGAUAAACCCUGUGAAGAAUGUGUCUGCCAUAUACUGGGAACCAACAGCUCAGCUGGUAAUUGUGACCCAACUAAUGGCCAAUGUCACUGUCUUCCCAAUGUAUCAGGCUUGAGAUGUGAUGCUUGCAAUCUUAAUCACUGGAAAAUCGCUAGUGGAGAAGGUUGUGAAGCUUGUGCUUGUGAUCCUUUGGGAUCAAUUAGUCCUCAAUGUAACGAGUUUGAUGGGCAGUGCUCAUGUAGACCUGAAUUCGGAGGUCGUCAAUGUAACGAAUGCAAACCGAGGUCGUGGGGAGAUCCUAAAACACAAUGCUUCAAAUGCGAUUGUAAUCUUAGAGGUUCCAGAACUGAACAGUGCAAUAUGCAAAGCGGAGCUUGUAAUUGUUUAGCAGGAGUGGGAGGUUAUAAAUGCGAUACUUGUGCAAGAGGUUAUAUCGGUUCUGUACCCGAUUGUAUUGCCUGUGGAGAGUGUUUCGAUAAUUGGGAUAGGAUUUUACAAGAAGCUAAGAAUCAAACGCUAGAUAUUAUUGAGAGAGCAGGUGAUAUUAAAAAAGUUGGAGCUACAGGCGCUUACUCUAGAGAAUUUGACGAGAUGCAAAAUCAGUUGGAUGAAAUAGAACAGCUUUUAAAAAGUACUGACGAAGUUGAUGUAGACGAAAUUGAAGAUGAACUGCAACAAUUACGUGAUAAAAUUAAUAAAACGGAAUAUGAGAAACUGAACAAACUAGAUGAUGAAUUAGAUGACAAUAAACAGCAAGUGUUGUUGAAUGAGGUUAAAUUAAACGAAUUGAACAGUUCUCUAAGUGAAUUAAAACAGCAAAUCAAAGAACUGGAAAAUAAUGGUACUAAACUACAAGAAGCUAAUGUACAAGGUGCUUUAGCUUUAAUUGGAAAUGCCAAGGAAAAGGCUGAUAAAGCAAUACAGAAAGCGGAAUCUUCGCAAGAAGACGUGCAAUACGCUGAAAUCCAAUGUACAGCUACAGCAAAUUUUCUCAACAACACCGAAAAAAUGUACAAAAAACAAUCGGAAGAUAACGAAAAUGAACUGCUUAAUAUUUCUGAAAAAUUAAAAGAACUGAAUAGUCAAAUUCCUGACUUAAACAAUUUGGUUUGCGAUGGCAGGGGAGAUCCAUGUGAUGACGUCUGCGGUGGUGCCGAUUGCGAAAAUGGUUGUGGUAAUUCCAUCACUUGCACAAACGGAGCUAAACAACAAGCUGCGACUGCCAUAAGGAAUGCUAAUGAUACCGAAAUUGCUCUUAGAAAUAAGGAAAGUUUAGCAAAUGAUUUUAUAAGAAAUGUAUCUCAAAUUAAUACGAAUGAAACUAGAAAUUUGGCUAAAGAAACGUUAGAAAAAAUAUUUGAAGAAUUGACUAAUGCUAAUAAAUCAUUAAAAGAAAUGACUGACAUGAGAAAUGAAAUGCGUGAAUUUAUGGGACAAAAUAAAUCCAAACCUGCUGAUAUUAAAAAGUUGGCGGAAGAGAUAUUGAAUAAGAAUGUCGAAAAAACACCAGAAGAAGUUCGAGAACUUGCCGAGAAUAUCAAGAAUGCAAUCGAUCGUUUAAGAAAUACAGAUCGUAUUAUAGAGGAGACUAAAGGAGAUUUGGCCAAAGUAAAUGAAUUAAAAGAAGAUGCCAGAUAUGCAAAAUCUAAUGCAACAAAACUUCUAAAAGAAGCCGAGGAUGUCAUCGAUGUACUAAACAAAACACAAGAUGCCCAAAAAGAGGCUGAGGUGGCAAUAGAAAAGGCAUGGGAUGAUUAUAAAAUGGUCGAGGAUAUACUUUAUAUGAUUGGCAAUAAGACAGAGUCAGCACAGGAUUUGACAAAUCACAUAGAUUCAAGUAUUCAUGCUUUGAGAGACAAAUUAACUAAUCUACAAAGGAACAUUACAGAUAACGGAAAUUUUGCUAAUAUAGUGAUAAAAGAAUCCGAAAACAUAAAAAAGAAUGCUCAGAAAACAAAAGAAGAAUCGGUUGUACUGCAAAAUAAAUAUAACAAAGCAACUCAUGAAUUAGAUGAAAAAUUGAAUAAUGUGAAAGGGACAAAGGAACGUGCCAACGAGUUAUAUAAAAAAUCGCUUAAUUUGGUUGCCAAAGUUACAAAAACUCAAGUGGAAAUUGAGAAUUUGGAAAACAGUGGACAGUUGGGUGAUUUAGAAACACUAGAAAGGCAAUUACAGAAUCUUAUCAAGAAAAUGAAUGAUUACACGGGAAGACUUGAAAGUAAAAUGCAGUGGUAUAAAAACUGCAAUUAAGUUUAUUAAAACACUGCCUUUAUAAAAUAAAUAAGUACUUGUACAUAUAUAAUAUAUUUAAGUUUCUCAUAAAUCGUUUAAAUGUGAAUUAUAUUGUUAAUUUGGUAAUUUAUACUGAUUGUGAAAAAUAAACUAAAGAAACAAAAUAUGUCU